AUGUUGAGCUCAAAGAAUAAUCUGUGUUUGUCUUUUCAGCAGGGCAGGGGGAAGCGGCGGAUCAAGCUGGUGUUGGAUCGGGAAUACGAGACUAGCUCGACCGGAGAGGACACAUUGCCAGGGACGCAACCAACUCGAGCCGCGCCAACGGCGAACAGCCACGCCAACGUCAACGGCGGCGUCUACGUGGCCCAGAACGGAUCUAUAAUCCGGACCAGGCGCUCUGUGAAUGCCACAAACACACAAUCAACCAACAAUAACCUUAAACUCCCGGUCUCCCCCGUCUUCAGCUCGCGGCUCGCCAAGCACUUUAAAAAAUUAGACAAAAUGGCCGCCACGCUGGAGGAGAGGAUCCCGCUGGGCGCCCCAAGGACAGCGGUGGACGGCGGUUGCACCAUCCUGCGCACCUUCCAGAGCUCGGGAAAGGCUUCUACUCUGGCCACGCCCUCCUUCUCCAACACGGACCAGACUCUGAAUGUUCUCAACACCAGAAACUCCAGCGUGUCCUUAGUCUCCACCUGCACCAGCAACGCCGGCCACGACGCUGCCGCUAACAAGUCCAACCUGCUGAAAGCGGUGCAGGGGCCUCAGCCACAGACUCAGCAGGAGGGGGAGGGGGAGAGGGAGUCGCAGGUGGAUGGGCGUAACACCAGCGACGAGGGCGGGCUGCUGAUGAGGGAGCCGCUGGACUGUCCCUCGGACCGAACGCAGACGGACGAGGAGGAGCUGUGGAUGGGCCCCUGGAACAACCUGCACAUCCCCAUGACCAAACUCUGA